ACGUGGGCACCAGCCCCCGAGCCCUCCCUGCGGUCGGGUCCUGGCGCCCGCGCAGAACCAGCUGUCUGAGCUGCUGGGGCGGCGUGGGAACAGACAGCGGGCUUCAGCGAGCCGGAGGAGGCACGGGCCUAUCCUGGGUACCCGCAGUGUGGCGCUGGGACAGGUUGCCUCUGCGAGAAGGGGACACAGAGACAAACGCAUCUUGGAAAGCAUCCUGGUUUGGUGCCCGAAGCCUGUAAAGAAAUGGCUGCUGGGGUGCGGGGGAGGUUUGCGCGUCUGUUGUUCCCAGCGCUCUGUGAGGCCUGAAAAGGAGGAACAACCUGUCCAGAAUCCCCACAGGACAGGAAAAGGAGGGGAAAUCUCGACAUGGAAAGACUCUGCAGUGAAAAUGAAGGAAUGCCUUCGAACCAAGGAAAGAUGGAAAAUGAAGAACAGCCACAGGACGAGGGAAAGCCAGAAGUAGCUUGUACUCUGGAAGACAAGGAGAAGUUAGAAAAUGAGGGAAAGACAGAAAACAAGGGCAAGACAGGAGAUGAGGAAAUGUUAAAGCAUAAAGAAAAGCCAGAGAGUGAGGAAAAGGCAAAAGAAGAAGGAAAGUCAGAGAAGGAGGGAGAGGCAGAGAUGGAGGCAGGAUCAGAGAGAGCGAGAAAGCCAGAGAGAGAGGGAAGGGCUGAGGGGGAAGGAGAGCCAGACAGUGAGGGAGAGCCAGGGAGUGAGGGAGAGCCAGACAGUGAAACAAGGGCUGCAGGAAAGCGCCCAGCUGAGGAUGAUGUACCCAGGAAAGCCAAAAGAAAAACCAACAAGGGAUUGGCUCAUUACCUCAAGCAAUGUAAGGAAGCCAUACAUGAUAUGAAUUUCAGCAAUGAGGACAUGAUAAGAGAAUUUGACAACAUGGCUAGGGUGGAGGAUAAAAGGAGAAAAAGCAAACAGAAGUUGGGGGCGUUUUUGUGGAUGCAAAGAAAUUUACAGGACCCCUUCUAUCCUAGGGGUCCAAGGGAGUUCAGGGGUGGCUGCAGGGCCCCACGAAGGGACACUGAAGACAUUCCUUAUGUGUAGUGUCCCUGACAGGCAUUUGUCAGGUCAUAUGUUUUACCUGUGGUAAUACUUUGCUUUAGGUGUUCUUCCUGCUACCAGUAGCCUUUUGACCCAACUGCCAGUGCUUGCUUGCUCUAUGUUUCAGUAGCAGAUAUUCACACAUGUGCAUUGCAGAGACGUUAUGAUUCUUGGAAAAAUAAAGCAGCUUAUAAUAUCA